AUGAGUCUUGGAAAAAUUGUUCAUAUUUCACUUGAUUUGGUAUUAAUUUCCUCUGUUCUUGCAGGUAUUAGACGUUCAACUGGUUUAACCAUUAAAACAAAUAUGUUUGAUAAGGACACUGAAAUGGUUAUUAAUAAAUAUUUAAGUAUUGGCAACUGGGUAGUGGAUCAAAGUGUUACUUUUAUGAGCACAAGCAAAUAUUUUGAGAGACGACGUAUUUAA